UUAUUUUGAAGCUGGGCGCUGCGUGAAUCUAGCCACAGCAACGGGUAAUAACAGUGAUGGCGGGUAGUGAACGAGACUCGGAGUACUACGUGGUGAGUAAUAUUCCCCCCGGCUUCAGAUCCGCCGACCUUAGGAACUAUUUCAGCCAGUUCACGGAGAGCGGAGGCUUCCGCUGCUUCCACUACCGCCACCGGCCCGAGCUCCGGCCCAGCCCCGCCGCUCCCCGGGCUCUGGAUCCGGUCACAGAGUCCCUGCAGGGACCGGGGUCGGAUCUCACCUCCGCUGCGGAGAACCAGCUUCAGAUAAACCCUCAGAGAUCAGACCAGCUUCAGAUAAACCCUCAGAGAUCAGACCAGCUUCAGAUAACCCCUCAGAGAUCAGAUCAGCUUCAGAUAAACCCUCAGAGAUCAGACCAGCUUCAGAUAACCCCUCAGAGAUCAGAUCAGCUUCAGAUAAACCCUCAGAGAUCAGAUCAGCUUCAGAUAAACCCUCAGAGAUCAGACCAGCUUCAGAUAAACCCUCAGAGAUCAGACCAGCUUCAGAUAACCCCUCAGAGAUCAGACCAGCUUCAGAUAACCCCUCAGAGAUCAGACCAGCUUCAGAUAACCCCUCAGAGAUCAGACCAGCUUCAGAUAAACCCUCAGAGAUCAGACCAGCUUCAGAUAAACCCUCAGAGAUCAGACCAGCUUCAGAUAAACCCUCAGAGAUCAGACCAGCUUCAGAUAACCCCUCAGAGAUCAGACCCUCAGAGUUCGGACCAACCUCAAAUAAACCCUCAGAGAUCAGACCAGGAUCAGACAGACCCUCAGAGUUCAGACCAGGAUCAGACAGACUCUCAGAGAUCAGACAGGGGUCAGAAAGCAGAGGGCUCGUGUUGCUGUGUGGUUUGGGUGAAGGCUGGGGAGGCUGAGCGCUUUAUAAAGAUGUAUGCUGGAAACCAGUGGAUCGACUCUAAGGGGAACUGGUUGGUGAAGCGCUGCGUUCUUCGGAGGAUUAAACUCUCUGAUCAUACAGAUUCUGAUGUCUUCCCAUAUAAAACGAAGGCUGAACUGAAGCGUCGCACGACUCGCUCAGACCAUUUCACCAGAGCGGACCUGAAGGCGCUGCCGGAGAUGAACCCGCCGCCUCUGAUGCCCCAGGGGAACGUGGGUACUCCCGUCAGUGUUUUCCUGCAGCUGAUCCAGUCCUGCCGCCUUCCCCCCCGACUCAUCCGCCAGCUCGGCCUCACCUUUCCCAAAACCGGCUCCAGCCGUCGCUACGGCAACGUGCCGUAUCAGUACCACAGCAGUGGUGGUACCGUGGUGCCGCCCAUCGAGGAGAGCGUGUUCACUGCAGGAGGGGCGGAGAUCAGCGGGCCUGGGCGUGUACCACCCAGAACUAUAGUUGAACCCAAAAAACGCCCAUCCAGACCACCUCCAAUCAGAGAGCAGACACCAGAGGCGGAGAGUGAGGAGGACCAAUCAGGACCCGACGACGAUGAUGACCGCUGUGAGGAGUGGGAGCGUCACGAGGCUCUUCAUGAGGACGUGACGAGUCAGGAGCGCAGUAAGGAGCGCCUGUAUGAGGAGGAGAUUGAACUGAAGUGGGAGAAAGGAGGAUCAGGACUGGUUUUCUACACGGACGCUCAGUACUGGCAGGAGGAGGAGGGAGAUUUCGAUGAGCAGACAGCGGACGACUGGGACGUGGACAUGAGCGUUUACUACGACAAAGACGGAGGCGACAUGGACUCCAGAGAUUACGUACGCAUGAGGUAUGAAACACGGAGACGAGACGGUCUGGAGGAGACGUCCAGCCAGCAGAAGAUCGGCACCUUCGAGAAGUUCACUAAGGGUGUGGGGCGGCGUGUGAUGGAGAAGCAGGGCUGGAGGGAAGGUGAGGGAUUGGGACACGCCGGUGCCGGGAUACCCGAAGCUCUAGAGAAUGAGGGGCAGCAUCCCAACUGUAAGAGAGGGUUUGGGUACCACGGAGAGAAGCUCAGCUCCUUCCAGCCGCUCAAAAAACCUCGAUCCGAUUUUCUCAUUUCCACUGUUUACGAUCAGCCUAAAGACAUGGACAGAGGGGACAGUCUGCUGAGACGCCAGCCCAACACCGCCAUGAAGUACCGAGGCUGGCAGCCAGGAACCAGCACUGAGCCCAACAGCUGACCUUUAAUCAGUAUCAUCCACUCAGUAAUUCACUGAUUCUGCACAGAACUUUAUAAAUCCGGACCAAAGAACAUCUUUAUUUUAACAAGUAUUGAACUCUAAAACUGUUCCUUUAUUUAAACGGAUGAGCUGAUACUGUUUAUAUCUGCUCAUCUUAUUUUACCAUGUUUUUAUUAAAAGAGUAUGAACAGAAA